GCGCCUUACUAUUUGGAAUUUCCAAAAUGCUUUUGUCAAAGGUUGGAAGAUAAUGUGAACAGGAAUGAGUCAUUGCUGUAAUUGUGGUCCUUGUUAAUACCAGAACCAUGAGUUUUUCGGGCGGAUUGAAACAUUUCAUACUUCUACAGCAGACAAUUGGUAACCAGAAAACAACACUACCUCAUCUUUCUCAGAAGAUCGACGUCCUCGCUGGCGAAUUAUUAACCGGCGAUGACCAGAUGAAUGAUGAUACUUACCUUCUGUAUAAUUUGAACCCAGAAAAUCCAAUUGAAUUGCAGUGUGAAGCCAACAAUGUGAAACUAUUGAGUCAGGAUGAGUUCCAUUUACUUCUACCAAUCGCUGCUUGUUCUGAGCGUCUUAAAGUGUUUCGGAAUUGGCUCGAUGAAGGCAAGUCAUUAAAAAUAGGGGACACGGUGACCCUGUAUCUGAUGAAGCAUGAAGUGAAUGGAAAGUUGCGGUUUAAAGGGCGCACAGAAGAUCAACCAGGCACUUUGUUUGGGGUUGAAUUAAAUUCUCCAAUAGGCCAUAAUGACAUCAGCAACAGCAACCGAUAUUUCAACACGGAGCAUCCCAACACUGCCAUCAUUGUGCCCCUCAACAAAAUACGGAAAUAUAACUUGCCUCUGCAAAUCGGAGACCGGGUGGUGUGGAUAAGAGACGAAGGAAAUGAAAAGGCCACUGUGCGAUGGAUUGGGAAUUUGGACAAUAAUCCUGAGAUCACCGUAGGGGUUGAAUUUGACAACCCUUGUGGUACUGGUACAGGGCUGUACAACAAAGAAAGACUAUUUAAAACAAAACCAGGCCAUGCAUCACUCCUACCAAUGAAUGGCCUUCUCAAGGAAUCGGUACUUAUGGAACAAACUGAAGCACCAAAGCCGUAUAUUGGUGUAUACGAUGUCCCUGCUUCUCCUUAUGAUGAUAUCGAAAAUUCACCGAAACCUGAGAAAAAAGAGAAACUCAUAGGUACGGCCUCAAAAUAUGGAAGAACCCGGCAACAAAAUUCGUCGGGUUCCUAUGACGUUACUAUUCCAACCGCAACAGUUAUUCCUUUUUCAGACAAAAAGAUUGACCAUACUCUGGAAAUAGGGUCAAUGGUUGAGAUCCCUUACAGUAACCAACUAAUGUAUGGUGUAAUCCGAUGGAUUGGAGAUGAUGAAAAUCUCGGAAAGAUUGUAGGCCUGGAGAUGGAUGAAGAGGCUGCCUACUGCAGCAAUGGUUACUUCCAAAACAUUAAGCGCUUCAACUGUCCUCCACGCAAAGGUUUCUUUAUUGGGCUUCACAAAUGUAAAAGGGAUCGAAGGUUUGAUGAGAAGGAGAAGAUUCGCGAGUCAAUGCGUACGUAUCACAGGUUUCACUAUGUAAGGGCAGAUAAAGUCAUGAAGCUUCGAUCUCUGCUAGACAAAGUUGGAAAUAUGCCUGGCAUGAUGGAUGAAGAGAAAGACCCAGAGGAACUUUUAAACUGCCUUUUUGGUCACGUCAUGAAAGCAGACCCCCUACUGCAGUUAAGUUUGAUUCUUCAGAUGCCAAGAUUUGGCAAAGACUACAAGAUGUACAAAAAAAUUGUUCCCAGUCUACAGUUGGAUGUUACAAAUGUCUUGGAAAAAGGUCCACGGGAGUGUGUUAUAUGCGGUAAACUAGCGACUAAGGAAUGUAAAGAGUGUUACAAAGUACACGGAGAAGACCUCUACACAAUAGCUUUCUGUGACACCUGUGACGAAUUGAACCACAAACAGAAGCGCAGAGAACACAAGAGGACCAAAUUAAGAGAACAUAAAUACUUCUGUGAGCACACCCACAGCCAACAGAUCCCGAUCAUACCACGCGAGAAGAUGGAGCUGUUUGCUGUGAUCUGCAUUGAAACUAGUCAUUACGUAUCGUUCGUUAAAAACAGUAACGAAGGGAAAGAACCGAAAUGGGUCUUUUAUGAUUCCAUGGCAGACAGAGAAGGUUGUAAUGAGGGCUACAACAUUCCAGAGGUCCGUUACUGCCCCAACCUGCAGAAGUGGAUCACCACCAGUGACCUCGACUACGUGGAUCCAGACCAGCCGGAACUACAGCGCCGCCUCUUCUCCGACAGUUAUAUGUGUCUCUACCAAAACACACAGGCCAUGAUGUUCCAGUGAGAGGUCACGCUCAACUGAACACGCACCUGCUGAUGUUUCCACAGUCACACUGAACAGUUUCCCAGAACAUUUGAUACUGCUACUACUAUUUAUGUUGUUGUUAUUAUUAUUAUUAUUAUUAUUAUUAUUAUUAUUAUUAUUAUUAUUAUUAUUAUUGUGGCAAGCUGGCAGAAUCAUUAGCACGUUGGGCAAAAUGCUGAGCAGUAUUUCAUCUGCCUUCGGGUUCAGAGUUCAAAUCUCACUGAGGUCGACUUUGUCUUUCAUCCUUUCGGGAUCAAUAAAUUAAGUACCAGUUGCGUACUGAGGUCAAUGUAAUCGACUGUCCCCCUCCCCUAAAAAUUUCAGGUCCUGUGCCUACAGUAGAAAGGAUUAUUAUUAUUAUUAUUAUUAUUAUUAUUAUUAUUAUUAUUAUUAUUAUUAUUGAGUGAGAGAGCAGGGCAUGCCAUCAUAGUGACACUGGGGUACAAUUAUACGAAGCCCAUUAUACCCAUCAUGACUACCCGUCUGAUAAGGGUACACAAGGUACAUGCAUCAAAACCAUAUGUGCGCGACAUGGUGAUCUCAUAUCAAGAUAAACAGCGCAUGACCUCACAGGUGGGGCCCAGAUAGAAUUUUCUUCAGGUCGAGUAGCCCAUCCUGCUCAAAAGGUCCCUAAAUAAAGG